AUGCUUGACCCCCGCAGCCAUGACAGUCUACCAAACCACUCUCCACCAGACGAGUAUACUUCACUGCUCUCCAAGCCUAUCGACGAUGUCCCAGCAAGGAACGAGAUCUCAGCACGAAACGAAGAAGAAGAUCCAUUCUCACGACGCUUGGUUUGGACCGAGUUCUGGCUACUCCUCAGAGACUCAAUCCCGGUGAUCAUGGCAUACACUCUGCAAAACAGCCUGCAGACUGUGUCCGUGAUGAUAAUCGGUCGCUCAUCGCCACAGAACUUAGCGGCGAGUGCAUUUUCGCAGAUGUUCGCGAUGGUCACCGCAUGGAUGAUUGCAUUGGGCGGUACAACAGCCUUGGAUACACUUGCUUCAUCCUCCUUUACGGGGAGUGCCAACAAACAUGACCUGGGAAUCUUGCUUCAGCGCGGGUUGCUGGUGCUGGGUCUCUUCUAUAUCCCCGUUGCUAUCCUGUGGGCCUGCUCUGAGCCGGUAUUUCUCUUCCUUGGCCAGGAUCCACAGCUUUCGCAUGAUAGCGCGAGGUUCUUGACGUGUUUGAUUCCUGGUGGAUUGGGGUACAUUUAUUUUGAGGUUAUGAAGAAGUACUUGCAGGCUCAAGGAAUCAUGCGAGCCGGCACAUACGUUUUGCUAAUAACAUCACCCCUCAACGCCGCACUCACCUACCUAUUCUGUUACACAUUCGGGAUCGGACUCCUAGGAGUCCCCCUAGCAACAGGCCUCUGCUACUGGCUAUCCUUUGCCCUGCUCGUCCUCUAUGCACGGUUUAUCAACGGCUGGCAGUGCUGGGGUGGUUGGUCACGCGAGGCAUUCCAAAACCUCCGCACCUUCGCCAGACUCGCCCUCCUCGGUGUUGUACACGUCGGCACAGAAUGGUGGGCUUUUGAGAUUGUGGCUCUAGCAGCCGGCAGACUAGGAACAGUCUCUCUUGCUGCGCAAAGUGUCAUCAUGACAGCCGACCAAGUCCUCAACACGAUCCCAUUCGGCAUUGGAGUGGCAACGUCCGCUCGUAUCGGCAAUCUGCUCGGCAGUAGGGACAGUGCUGGAGCGGCCCGGGCUGCGCAUACCUCUGCCAUGCUGAGCAUGUGCUUCGGCGGGGUGGUGCUGGCUGUUCUUAUUGGGACGCGAGAUCACUUUGCGAAGAUCUUCAAUGAUGAUGUGAGCGUUGUGCGGCUUACUGCUGAGGUGUUGCCGUAUGUGGCGCUUUUCCAGAUUGCAGAUGGACUCAAUGGGAGUUGUGGGGGUAGUUUGCGAGGCAUGGGACGGCAGCAUGUUGGGGCUUUUGUCAAUUUGGUGAGUUAUUACUGCGGUGCUUUGCCAUUGGGUAUUUGGCUUGCGUUUCAUGGUUGGGGACUACAGGGGCUGUGGGUUGGUCAGUGUAUUGCUUUGUACUUGGUGGGCAUUCUGGAGUGGGUUAUUGUUGCUCGCAGCCAGUGGGAUGUGGAGGUUCGAAAGGCGUUCCUGCGGAUGGAUGUGCAUGAGUGUUUGGAGGCUGGUGGUGAAGAGUAG